UAAACGGAGCCGGUGAUGAAUUCAGCGCCGAGGAAGAUAGCGGAGGAGGAGGGAGAGGAAGAAAGUAUGAACAGUCUCAUCGAGCUCAGUGGCAGGGCGCAGAGACCGCCAUGGCCGAGAAGGAAACCUCCCUCGAGAUCUCUUCUCCUCUUCCCUUCUCUCCUCCUCCUCACCCUCCUCUUCUUCCUCUGCUACUAUUCCUUUGUUUCCAAAUCCGCCCUCACCGUCUUACGGGAUCCCCUCCCUCCACCCGGCCUCCGCUGCAAUCCCGAGAUUCUGAGCUCCGGGGAGAGGUACCUGUGGUACGCCCCUCACAGCGGGUUCAGCAACCAGCUUUCGGAGCUGAGGAACGCUGCCCUGAUGGCCGGGAUCCUAAACAGGACGCUGGUCGUCCCGCCGGUGCUCGACCACCAUGCUGUCGCCCUCGGGAGCUGCCCCAAGUUUAGGGUUAUGGGCCCGACGCAGAUCAGGGCCGCGGUCUGGGAUCACACGGUGGAGCUCUUGAGAAGUGGGAGGUAUGUUUCCAUGGCCGACAUUGUGGAUAUCUCAUCGCUGGUCUCCUCUUCAUUGAUCCAAACAAUUGAUUUCAGAGUUUUUGCGUCCCUCUUUUGUGGCUUGAACAUAGAAAAGGCUUGCUCUGACAAAUCGGGGGAAACCUUUCUGUUUAACAGACUAAAGCAAUGUGGGUAUUUUCUAUCUGGGGUUGAUGGUAAUGUUGAUAAUUGCUUGUACACAAUAGAGGAAGACUGCAGAAGUACUGUUUGGAUAUACCAGAGAGAGGAUGAGGAUGGGAAAUUGGAUGUGUUUCAACCCGACGAACAGUUGAAAAAGAAGAAGAAUAUUUCAUACAUAAGGAGGCGUCGUGAUGUUUAUAAGACUCUUGGGCCUGGGACUGAAGCUGAUUCAGCAGCAGUUUUGGCCUUUGGAAGCCUUUUCACAUCCCCAUACAAAGGUUCACAACUUCUUAUCGAUAUCACUGGAGCUCCAAGGGAACCAAAAAUACAGUCAUUGAUAGACGAAAUUGUGUUCCUUCCUUUUGUCCCUGAAAUUGUGAGUGCAGGUAAGGAAUUUGCUCAGAAAACUAUAAAUACGCAAUAUCUUUGUGCCCAGUUGAGGUUGUUAGACGGGCAGUUUAAGAACCACUGGAAGAGUACCUUUCUCGGGUUGAAACAAACAAUUGGGUCUUUGAGGCAGAAGGUCCCUCUCCCUAUUCAUAUUUUUGUGAUGACUGAUCUCCCUAAAUCUAACUGGACCGGGAAUUACUUGGGGGAAUUGGCCCAAGAUUUUAGUAGCUAUAAGCUACACUUUUUGAAAGAAGAAGAUGAGCUGGUUGCACGAACAGCAAAGGAACUGUCAGUUGCUGGGCACAGCCUCAGGAUCGGGAAAAUCCCACGUGGCUUUGAUAGGGUCGACAAGCUGAGGAAGAGUUGCUCCCCUAAGGAGUUGUCGGAUGUGCUUCUGUACAUUGAGGAGAUAGUUUGCAGCUGUGCUUCUCUGGGUUUCGUUGGGACUGCAGGGUCCACCAUAGCUGAGAGCAUAGAGCUGAUGAGGAAGUAUGAUUCAUGCUCACUCAAUAGUCACCUAGGCCGAAAAUUGGAGGUUUAAUGCACUAAAGGCGCCUUUCUUGUCACUAGCGCACUUCCUAGGCCAACUUUGUGACCAAAUUGGUGGCCUCAUUCAGCAAAUCACUCAUCAUUCUAUUGCAGGUUCUGUUAUUUUCAACAGUUCAUCGAGGACCCACUCACCACCACAGGAUGCUCCAUUUGUGUUCUUGAUUCAUGUCAGGUGGAACCAAGUUUGGGUUUCCAAUUGUUCCAACAUUAGAGAAUGCGCGGAAUCUUUGCACUCACCAAAAUAUGAAAUGGAUCUUUCAGCUUCCUUGAUGGCGGAACUAAUGGCUUCCCUCCAUCGAGGUUUCUCCCGUCAGAAGAUGUCAUUAAAAGCUUGCAUGUCCGGCAGUAUUUGACUCACUUUGUUGUUAGAUAGUUCCAUACCUUAAUUUCCUUUUCACACUGUUUAUAGAUUAAUUUUAGUAUGUUUAUAUCAAGCAAGUCAUAAUAUAUUUUUUCCCCUUUUCCGAGAGCCAACGAUCAUCCAAUCGGUUAUUGGGAUGACCUAUCUAUACAUGAUGGGGAUGCCUUUAUUUUGUC